AAAACUAGCGAAGAUAAAGAAAAUUAUGAAACUAUUCCUACUUUUCAAAAAUUCGCAACAUUACAAAUAAACUUAGAACACAGCAGAGAGAUGAUUCGUGGUUCCAGUUUCGAUCUAAUGCUGAUCGGAAAUUUUUACCCUGUAAAGUAUUGGAGGUUCUUCAAGGAUAUUAGUUUUCGUGCAUGUGAUAUAG